AUGAUCACAGUCAAUCCUGAUGGGAAGAUAAUGAUCAGAAGAUGCCUGGUCACCCUGAGACCCUUCCGGCUUUUUGUCCUGGGCAUUGGCUUCUUCACACUCUGCUUCCUGAUGACGUCUCUGGGAGGCCAGUUCUCAGCCCGGCGCCUGGGGGACUCGCCCUUCACCAUCCGCACAGAAGUGGCGGGUGGCCUGGAGUCCCGCGGCGUGCUCCGCAAGAUGAGUGACCUGCUGGAGGUGAUGGUGAAGCGCAUGGACACGCUGGCCAGGCUGGAGAACAGCAGCGAGCUGCACCGGGCUGCCGGGGACAGGCACUUUGCUGUGGACAGGUCUGCCCCCAGCGCUGGCCUCAUGGAGCAGAUCCAGGCCAUCGCCCAGAACGUGUCUGACAUAGCGGUGAGGGUGGGGGGGGUCCUGCGCCCGGUCCUGCUCCUGCGCAGCAAGGUGUCUGAAGUCCGGCGGGACCAGUGCGAGGCACCCAGUGACCCCCGGUUCCCUGAUUGCUCAGGGAAGGUGGAGUGGAUGCGGGCCCGCUGGACCUCUGACCCCUGCUACGCCUUCUUCGGGGUGGAUGGCACCGAGUGCUCCUUCCUCAUCUACCUCAGUGAGGUUGAGUGGUUUUGUCCCCCGCUGCCCUGGAGGAACCAGACGGCUGCCCAGACUGCCCCCAAAGCCCUCCCCAAAGUCCAGGCAGUUUUCCGGAGCAACCUGUCCCACCUCCUGGAGCUGGUGGGCAGCGGGAAGGAGUCACUCAUCUUCAUGAAGAAGCGGGCCAAGCGGCUCACCACCCAGUGGGCCCUGGCCGCCCAGCGCCUGGAGCGGAAGCUGGGAGGCGCCCGGAGAGACCAGAAGCAGAUCCUCGUCCACAUUGGCUUCCUGACAGAGGAGUCCGGGGAUGUGUUCAGCCCGCGGGUGCUGAAGGGCGGGCCCCUGGGAGAGAUGGUGCAGUGGGCGGACAUCCUGACGGCGCUCUAUGUCCUGGGCCAUGGUCUGCGCAUCACCGUCUCCCUGAAGGAGCUGCAGAGUAAUUUAGGGGUGCCGCCAGGCCGGGGGAACUGCCCGCUGACUGUGCCCCUGCCUUUCGACCUCAUCUACACCGACUACCACGGCCUGCAGCAGAUGAAGCAGCACAUGGGCCUGUCCUUCAAGAAGUACCGGUGCCGAAUCCGGGUCAUCGACACCUUUGGAACAGAGCCUGCGUACAAUCAUGAGGAAUAUGCCACGCUGCAUGGCUACCGGACCAACUGGGGCUACUGGAACCUCAACCCCAAGCAGUUCAUGACCAUGUUCCCUCACACGCCGGACAACUCCUUCAUGGGCUUUGUGUCUGAGGAGCUCAACGAGACAGAGAAGCAGCUCGUCAGAAGCGGCAAAGCCAGCAACAUGGCCGUGGUGUACGGCAAGGAGCCGAGCAUCUGGAAGCUCCAGGGGAAGGAAAAGUUCCUGAGCAUCCUGAACAAGUACAUGGAGAUCCAUGGCACAGUGUAUUAUGAGAGCCAGCGGCCCCCUGAGGUCCCGGCCUUUGUGAAGAACCACGGCCUCCUUCCCCAGCCCGAGUUCCAGCAGCUGCUGCGCAAGGCCAAACUCUUCAUAGGGUUUGGCUUCCCCUACGAGGGCCCCGCGCCCCUGGAGGCCAUCGCCAACGGCUGCAUCUUCCUGCAGUCCCGCUUCAGCCCACCCCACAGUUCUCUCAACCAUGAGUUCUUCAGAGGCAAGCCCACUUCCCGAGAGGUGUUCUCCCAGCACCCCUAUGCAGAGAACUUCAUUGGCAAGCCGCACGUGUGGACUGUCGACUACAACAACUCGGAGGAGUUUGAAGCAGCCAUCAAGGCCAUCCUGAGAACACGGGUAGACCCCUACCUGCCCUACGAGUACACCUGCGAGGGGAUGCUGGAGCGCAUCCACGCCUACAUCCAGCACCAGGACUUCUGUGCAGCCCCAGGCCCCUCCCCGCCGGGGGCCGGCACCCCGCAGAGCCCCUUUGUCCUGGCACCCAAUGCCACCCACCUGGAGUGGGCGCGGAAUGCCAGUGUGGCCCCAGGGGCCUGGCCCCCCGGGCACUCGCUCCAGGCCUGGCUGGCCGAGGCGGGGAGGGCCUGCACUGACGCCUGCCUGGACCACGGGCUGGUCUGUGAGCCUUCCUUCUUCCCCUUCCUCAACAGCCAGGAUGCCUUCCUGAAGCUGCAGGUGCCCUGUGACAGCACAGAGUCAGAGAUGAACCACCUGUACCCGGCCUUCGCCCAGCCUGGCCAGGAGUGCUUCCUGCAGAAGGACCCACUGCUCUUCAGCUGCGCCGGCGCCAGCACCAAGUACCGCCGGCUUUGCCCCUGCCGUGACUUCCGCAAGGGCCAGGUGGCGCUGUGCCAGGCCUGCCUGUGA